AAUGUUUCAGAGCCUCUAGAGAAGAACGAACCGUGUGGAGUGGCACGGACGCUCUGGGACGCAGGACAGUAUAAAAACUCGGUUUAGCCUGAACUCACAGUGCGAGACUUUCCCCGCAGCACGAAGACAUCACAGAUGACAUUGUAAUCUGUGGUGAGAGAAGAGAGCAGGUGGAAGAGAAUCUGGAGAGGUGGAGGUUUGCACUGGAGAGGAGAGGAAUGAAGCAACCAUGUGGAUGUACAUAGCGGCUCUGGUUGUCCUGUACUAUGUGGUGCGUUGGUACCGUGAGCUGGAGAGAGUUCCAGACAGAGGCAGCAAGUAUGUGUACAUCACUGGCUGCGACUCCGGCUUUGGAAACCUUCUAGCACGCCAUCUGGACAAGUGUGGCUUUUGUGUUGUGGCGGCAUGCUUCACAGAGAAGGGUGAAGAGGAGCUGAAAAAAUCCUGCUCUAACAGACUAUCAACGGUCCAUCUGGACGUCACGAAGACUGAAAGUGUUGACAAGGCUGUGGCCUUCAUCAAGAAUCUGGUGGGGCAGAAAGGUCUGUGGGCAGUGGUCAACAAUGCGGGUGUUUCUGUGCCAGCGGGUUGCUGCGAUUGGAUGACCGUGCAGGACUAUAAAUCCAUGAUGGAAGUCAACCUGGACGGUGUCAUUAGAGUGACCCUGAGCGUCCUCCCACUCAUUAAAAAGGCAAGGGGUCGUGUGGUGAACGUGGCCAGUGUAUUCGGAAGGAUCAGUGCAUCCGGGGGACCAUACUGUGUGUCCAAAUAUGCUGUGGAAGGAUUCACAGACAGCUUGAGGAGAUGCUUGCACCCAUUUGGAGUGAAAGUCCUGUGUAUUGAACCAGGAUUCUUCAAGACUAGUGUGACGGACACAAACCUUAUAAUUAGCUCCAUUAAAAAGCUUUGGGAGAAAUUACCAAAAGAAACCAAGGAGGAGUACGGAGAUGAUUACAUAAGCAAAGUGGAGAAGCUGAUGGAAGAGAAGUUCUCUAAGAUGCCGGACAGCGACUUGAUGAAGGUGGUGAGCUGUAUGGAGCACGCCGUCUCGGCUGUGCACACUCGCACCCGUUAUUCUCCAGGCUGGGAUGCCAAAUUCUUCUGGCUGCCACUCUCUUACGCUCCCACCUGGUUCUCCGACUACCUGCUGCUCAAAGACAUCGUCAAACCUGCCAAAAGUGUUAUCUAGGUGCCACUUGACUGGCUGCCUUCGUGGAGUAAGAGAUUUAUACAGUGCAGUUUGUAAAUGAACAGCUCUUGUUGUUUCACUCUGUUGCAAACCACAAGUGGCUGCGUUUCUAGGAAUCAUUAUUAAAAAAGGCAGAACAUCCAGGAACAGAGGCAAAAUGAUGAAAGUCCUAUAUGGUUCACUUUGAAUGAAAUGGUCUGUACAUUAACCUUUUAUUUACCACUUGUAUUCAACUAAAACAAUUGUUACAUAAUUAUGCAUAACAAUGUAUUAAAAAAAAAUAAAAUAUAUAUAUAUA